ACGAUAUUUUUUACGGGCGUUUCAAUAAAGCUGUCGUAACAAUUAUCGUAAGUGCUCCGCGUUUUCUUUUCGGCGAAAAGUGAAAGUAGUGAAACGUCACUUCCGUUAUCAAUAUUGUCGUAUGUCAACAUUGAACCAGAUAUACAAAUGGCAAUGAAAAGAGAUCGUCAAACGAAUUGGAGCAUGGACGAGGAGUCGACUUUAGUCGACUUCUGCGUAAAUAAUUACUCGUUUUUAUAUGGGGGACUUGGCCCUACCGUUACAAAGCAAGGGCGCCAUACAAAAUGGGAAGAAUUGCGUGAAGAGAUCAGUGCAGUAGGGCCGGGGAGGACUAUUGAUCAGUUAAAAAAGAAGUGGACGGACUUAAAGUCUGCAGCAAAGAAGAACGAGAUAAAGCGGAGGCAUUUUGCUGCCGGGACAGGUGGGGGUCCUGCGCCCCAAGAGCCAACUGAUGUAGAGUUGAAGAUCCUGAGUGUAAUCCCCGAGGAAAUGGUAACAGGGGUUGCUGGUGGAGUGGAUGUUUUCGAAGACUCAUGCAAGCCUCCUGCUGUCAAAAAGUAUAGGCCAUCUGAGCCUUCAGGGUCAACUUUCACCGCCAACAGUUCAACGCAUCAUGACAUAAGUAUCAGUGAGGCAGAGGCCAAUGGCAAAGAAGACAGUAACACAGAAUCAAGACCUACACCACCAAAAAGAAAUGACAUUGCUCAUCAGAUGCUUGAAGAGCAAAAGAAACAAAACGAGUUCCUGGCAAUGAUUAAUUUCAACCUUGCAGAACUUGUGAGCUUGAAGAGGACAGAAGUCCAAAUUCUGUCAGAAAAACAUCUGAACAAGACAUUUUUUUAA